AUGAACUCCUCGAUGCCACAGUUUCUUGUGAGAGAUACCUUCACCACAGCCUUUGUGAAAAACUUAAUUGUGGUGCUCCUGCUGGUCACCCUGAACUACGUCAAUGGCUGCCUGGUGGCCACCUUCUUACGGAACCAGGUCUUCUACGAGGACCCUCGCUACAUCCUGUUCAUCCACAUGGUCAUCAACGACGGCGUGCAGCUCACGGUCACCAUCACACUGUUCGUACUGAGUUACAUCUUCUACACCAUCAACGUCUCCUUCUGCUGCUUCUUCAUCCUGGUGGCUGUCUUCACCACCCGCAACACGCCGGUCAACCUAGCCGGCAUGGCCAUCGAGCGCUACAUCGCCAUCUGCGACCCGCUGCGCCACGCGCAGAUCUGCACCGCCCGCCGCACUUACGCCCUCAUCGGCCUCAUCUGGCUGGUGUCCGUGGUGCCGGACAUCACGGACCUCUUCGUCACGCUGGCCAUCGAGCCCAUCAGCUUCUUCCACACGGCCGUCUUCUGCAUCCGGCCCAACGUGUUCAAGGACCCCGUGCUGCUGUACAAGCGGCAGGCCUUCGACGCGCUCUACUUCUCCCUCGUCUUCUUCACACUCGUCUACACCUACCUGCGCAUCCUGUUUGCGGCGCGGGCCAUGUCCACAAACAGCCACUCGGCGCAGCGGGCGCGCAACACCAUCCUCCUGCACGGCGCCCAGCUGUUGAUGUGCAUGCUCUCCUACAUCUCGCCCAGCGUGGACGUGCUCAUGACCCGGGUGUUCCCCACCAGGAUCCUGGAGAUCCGCUACGCCAACUACCUGAUCGUCUACUUCUUCCCACGCUUCCUGAGCCCCAUCAUAUACGGGGUCAGAGACAAGAAGUUCCGGAAGUAUCUGAAAAGGUACUUUUUGUGCAAGCAGUGCAGCGCGGAAGUCCAUCAUGAGGGAGAAGAAGACAAAGUGGCUUAG